CAGGUGCCGCCACAGGAAAGAAGGGAAAGAAGGCCGCCGCCAAAGCCGCCAAAGCACAAGCCGCUGCUGGUCUUACUGCUCAGGGUGCCGCUGCAAAUGCUACUGGUGCUGCCGCUACUAAUGCUGCCGGUGCCGCGACAGCAAAGAAGGGAAAGAAAGCCGCCGCAAAAGCAAAGGCCGCCAAAGCACAAGCCGCUGCUGGUGGUGCUGCUCAAGGUGCCGCUGCAAAUGCUACUGAUGCUACCGGUGCCGCCACAGGAAAGAAGGGAAAGAAGGCCGCCGCCAAAGCCGCCAAAGCACAAGCCGCUGCUCAAAACGGCGCUGCCGCAAAUGGUACUAUCGCUGCCGCCGCGACUGCGGGCAAUGCUACCGCCGCCAGUGGAAAGAAGGGCAAAGCUGCCAAGGCUAAACAAAACGCUGCUGCGGACGCCACACAACAAGGCGGUCUGGGCGACCUUUCUGCCCUGCUUAACAGCGUCGGUGCCGGCGACCUUCUCUCCAAGCUCGGCCUGAAGGCUCGCGAACCAUCGGCUCGUCGCUCUAUCAACCUCCUUCCGGAUCACGUCGCGAUGCCGCUAUAGAGACCUUGAUCACUUCGCAAAGGAGAAAUUACCUCUGGGGGUGGACAUGAUUGACUCACACAUUCGUUUUACAUAUAUAUUCUAUUUGGGUGACCGGCUGGAUUACUGGGUUUGGAGAUGGAAUCGGCGUCACAUUAUUUGUCUUCUAUUGGGUGUAAUUUCCGAACCCUGGAUGGGAAGGAAUCUACAUGGCUGUAUACCACAAAAAGAAAGAGGAAACGGUAUAAGAUAUCUAUAAGGCC